AUGAGUCGCACUCCGGAUGCCAGAGCGAGGGACAACCAGACAACACAGAUCCAGGAGAAAAUCACCAAUGUGGAGAAACAUUUCGGAGGGAUGUGCCAGCUGUUUGGCGGUUAUGUACGUAAAACAGCCAAGCUACGGGACAAGGCCGACCUUCUGGUUCGGGAAAUCGGCCUGUACGCAGACACUGAAACGCCAAAUCUAAAGAGCGGUAUAAAGCAGUAUGCUGACCAACUGGCCAAGAUUCAAGACUACCGCCAAGCUCAGGUGGAAAGACUUGAAGCCAAAGUACUAGAGCCAUUGAAGAGUUAUGGAGCUGUUGUGAAACGUAAAAAGGAGGAUCUGAAGACGACUCAAAGUGCCAGAGAGAGAGAAGUCAAACUGAUGGCUCAGCUCGAGAAGACCAGAAAGAAGAACCCCUCAGACAGACAGAUCAUUUCUCAGGCUGAAAGUGAUCUCCAGAAAGCCACCAUGGACGCCAUGCGGAAAACCAGGCAGCUGGAGGAGACCAUAGAUGAUUUUGAGAAGCAGAAGAUCCAGGACAUCAAGAAAGUAUUUAGGGAGUUUAUGACAGUGGAGAUGUCAUUCCAUGCCAAAGCCUUGGAGAUCUGCACCUUGGCCUACCAGAGCAUUCAGAGUGUGGAUGAGGAGGAGGACCUGGAGGUGUUCAGGAGCUCACUGCACCCCCACAGGUCACGCUUAGAUCUAGUGCAAGCAUAUACCAAAGGGCCCCUCAAUCGGACCGUCUCCUUCCUGGGCACAUCAGGAACCUUACAGCAACAAAGAGCUUCCAUGCGGCAGACAAGAGGUGAGGAAGAAGCAAAGGAGAAGAACGAGGAUGAGGAUGAGGAUGAAGACGAGGACGAAGAUGAAGAAGAAGACGAAGACAAAGAGAAAGGUGAAGACGCAGACAUCUCAGAUGCUGAUGAUUAA